AUGUUACCCUCAUGUUGUAUGUACAUGAAUGUGUACACUAGCUGGCAAUUUCAUCCGGCAAAAGGAUACAUAAUGUCCAAUAAUGGUAUUUUACUGGAGGAUUUGAAGUUUUCUGCUCCAUGUCCAGAAAAGAAUUACAAAUUUCAUGAUCCUACUGGAAAUUUCAUGUGUGUAGUACCAACACCUAAGGAGUGUUUCAAAUUAUGCCAAGAAAUGGGAUGUACAGAAUGGAAUCAUAUGAAUCUAGUCCCAUCUGGAAGUGAAGAAAUUAAACGACAUCAUAGAUGUCGAUGUUUUCCAGAAUAUAAUAUGUGCUUCUAUAACUAUGUGCCUAGAAUCUAUCGUGACUUUGACUGA